GGCAAUGCCCACUCUUGCCUUUAAUUUGGCUUUCUGACAGCUCAAAAUAAAGUGAAGUUAUCCCCAUGUCAAUAUAUUUGUUCUCUCAGAAAGCAGCUGCCUUACCUAGGUAGACAAUUUUUGCCUUCUGUCUGUUUCUCUCGGUAUAACUUAACUUGUCCACCGUCUCUUUUGUUUCCAGAAAGAGGGAUUUUUCUUUUUUAUUUGUUUCAAUGAAUAGUACAACAGCGUCGUCAUCAUCAUCUACAACAACAGCAUCAGCUGCAUCAAAGUUCAUCAAAUGUGUUACGGUUGGGGAUGGAGCUGUUGGAAAGACAUGUCUGCUUAUUUCUUACACUAGCAACACUUUCCCAACUGAUUAUGUCCCCACUGUUUUUGAUAACUUCAGUGCUAAUGUCUUAGUUGAUGGCCAGACUGUGAAUCUGGGUCUCUGGGAUACUGCUGGCCAGGAAGACUAUAAUAGGCUAAGGCCUUUAAGUUAUAGAGGAGCUGAUGUUUUCCUUCUUGCUUUCUCCCUAAUAAGUAGGCCUAGCUAUGAGAACAUUGCAAAGAAAAAGUGGGUCCCGGAGCUAAGACAUUAUGCUCCAUCAGUGCCCAUUGUUCUUGUGGGGACAAAACUAGAUUUGAGAGAAGACAGACAGUUCCAGUUGGAUUAUCCUGGAGCAUGUACUAUUUCUACAGAACAGGGUCAAGAAUUAAAGAAGCAGAUAGGAGCUUUGGCAUAUGUUGAAUGCAGCUCAAAGACACAGCAGAAUGUAAAGGCCGUAUUUGAUACUGCAAUCAAGGUGGUUCUCCAGCCUCCAAAGGCUAAGAAGCCAAAAAGAAAACUGAGACACUGCUAUGUUCUUUAAUCAAUUCCCCUUAGGUUGCUGCUAAUGUGAGGCUGUUGAUGAUGAUUCUCCUUUCCUCAUUUGUCUAAUCUUAUUCUUUAUUUUCAAAUAAAUUUUUUAUUUUCUUUUGGGUGUCCUUUAUAGUUUCUGUGCUGAUUUUUCUUAUAAGAUGUGUAGUAAAAUAUGAAGAAAAUGCCCUUGUCAAGAGGCUGUUUCAUGGUGUUAUGAAUUGGGAUGUGUAUGAUACUAAAAUUAGGCUGAUCAAUCGCAGUGGGUUGAAUGUGAAUAAAAUUGGUUUUCACCAUUUAGCUUUGGCUUUGGUGGAAGAAUAACAUAAACUUGAGGUCUUCUUGUUA